GAAAUCCCCCCCGAUCCACAACCCAUGCAGCGCAAACAUAAGCUCCUCGCACAUCGAUCGCACUGCUGCCGGAAGCAGAUCGGAGCAGCCUCACGGCGACGGGUGCUGCUCGCCUCGCUACUCCCAUCAGAUUCCCGACGGCUGCUGCUCGCCUCGCUGCUACCCCACCAGAUCCCGGCGCCUCCCCCUCGCCCUCUCAAUUCCGAUCCGUCGCUUCGCGAUCGACCCAUCCGCUCUCACACGACGGGCGCGCGGCGUGGAUCAGCAGCCGCCGGGUCUGCUCAGGCGUCGCGAAUGGCCGCGCUCACGGCCUCACGGGGGCAACCAGCGGCACGAAUCGUGGGGCUCGCCGGCGGUAUCGUCGUCGGUGGGGACGGGUGGCGGCCUCCCGGAUCCAGACUGCCCCUGGUAGUCCGCGUGAAUUACGGCAUCUGCCAUCUCGACCUGAUGGGCCUCGAUUGGCGGCUGGCGUUCCCGUGAAUCCUGCGGUGGGCCAAGGGUAGAAGCGGUAACUCGCUGGGCCAGGUAGGAAGUUUUCCUUUCCGUGUUCCGCCUUUUCCCCCCGCCGAAUAAACAAAUUAUAAAAUAAAAACAACUUGUUUUAAAUGGGAGCGGGAAUCCCUGGAAUUUACUUUUUUUUUCUCCUUCGGGCUGUUUCUCACUCUGUACGCCUCUCUGGGGCCGCGGACGUGAGAGGCUCGCAUCAAAUCGGGCUCAGGGCCGGCCGGGCGCGUCCGCUUUAUCGGCUCACGUUGGCGCGGCCUCCGUUUCCUCUCCCCUUUCCUUGUCCUCUCUCCCUCUCCCUCCCUCCCGGCCUCACCUCUCCAGCCUCUCUCCCCCACCUCUUCCACCCCUCCACGCCCCCAGAGAGCCCCAGGCGCACCGCCGACGACCCCGGUUCAGGCGCAGAUCAGCGUGCGCAGUGUCCCGCCCACCCUGCCUCCGCGACCUCCGACCCUGGGAGCGCCUGCCCGCGCCGCAGGGGGCGCUUCGCAUAUCUCCCCUUCUCUUCCCUCGCCGGUGGGUAGCGGCCGGCUUGCUGCUGCCCUGUCCACGCCGCGUCUACGUGUCCUCAAGGGCUGGGCGCUCUUGUCCUGCCAAACCCGGUGCGGCCUCUGCUUGGAACCGUGAGUUUUGAGCCCCUUAAUCCGUAUCCCUGCCGCCGGCCGCCCGGGUUUCCUUAACCUGACUGACUCGUGCUUCCCGCAGACUCCGUUCGUGUGCCUCUCUGUAGGUUUUCUACGCUCUAGGAGGAGGUCAGAGACGCCUCAGAGUUGGCUUCGCCGCGCGCAUGCGAUUUGCGGCGGCGGCCGGAGGCUGGCACAGCCGCCGCUGGGGCGACGACGACAACGGCGCCGUGGAUGCCUCCGCCGCCGCCGGAUCGAAGGGACUAUUUGUACCGGGAGGGCCGCAGGCACGACGGCGGCGGGGGCGACCCGCUCCUGCCGCCCGCCCCAACGCCGCCGCGCUGGCGGGACUCGCCGUACCACCCGUCGCCACCACCACCUCUGCGGGACCAUGCGCGGCCCUCGCCGCGCCGGGCGCCGACGUCGGCCUCCUCAGAAGGCUACUACCGACAGGGCGGCGGCGCGUACGACCGCUCCUACCCUGACGACCCGCCGCCUGUCUACACGCCGUCGCGCUCGGACCGAUACUGGCCGGAGGACGACGGCGGGCAAUACAAGGGUUUCGGUCGGUAUGGCGGCGGUGGCCGCAGGGACGGCCGUGACAUGAGGGGUUCGUACCGGAGGUCCCCAUACAGGGGUGGCUACGGAAGCGACUUCUCCCGAAACCAUCCAGAGCAGCCCCCUCCCCCACCACCCAGAAGGUCUCCGUUGAGGUCAGUCGCUGUUCCGAUCUGCUAUGACUCACCGGGCAAUAGAGUUGACAGGGGGGAUAGGGACAACCUCCCACGGGUGACACCAUGGCGGAGAAGGGAAAGCAGAUCUGAGCCAGCAGACGCUGUUGGACUUCUCUCUGUUGGCCAAACCACCCGGCUCUCUGCCUCAGGGAAGGAGGCUUCAGCUCAGCCUCUGUCCGUGUCUGGUCCUCAUGGGACCGAGGACGAGGCACCAAGGAAGAAGGCACGCCUUGGAUGGGGGCAAGGUUUGGCCAAGUAUGAGAAGCAGAAGGUCCAAGGGCCUGUGGAUCCUGCUGAAGCUGUUGCUGAUGGAAGUCCAGCUGAUGGCGAACUGAAGACCACCUCUCCUGUGCCUGUGCCUGUGCACCCUGUGCCUGUGCCUGUGCCUUAUGUUGCACCUGCACCUCCUGCUGCACCAGUGCUUGCGCCUGCGCCAGCACCUUCUGCUGCUCCUGCACUUUUGUCUGCCCCUAUGCAAUGCUCAUCUCCAGUUACCGGGCCACCAUAUUGUUCCUCAGCACCUGAAGAUAAAUCUUGUGAAAUGAUGCCAAAUGCGGUCACUAACUCUACUAAAGAUGUCUUGGAGGCUGAUGACACAACUUUCAAUAAUGAAUUUCUGAUCAAGUUAGAUCAGCUCGGUGAUGAUCCUGUUAUUUCCCUUGGAAACAUGCUUGUUGAACUUAUCCAGCACGAGGAUUCUUGUUCUGGGGAUUCAAAUGGCCCGACCAGUACAUAUAAGCUGCUCCUACUGAAGGAAAGCAUUUCCAAGGAGAUUGAAAAGACUGAACUCGAGAUUGAUUCAUUGGAAGGCGAACUUAAAUCUGUGAAUACUGAGGCUGCAACUACUCUUGAAGGUUCUCCCACAGGGGUGACACAUACAGAAAAUCUUUCACCCUCUAGUGGGACAUCCAAGGUUCCUGGAAGUGUGGAGAUCUGUGAUACAUCUGAUAUGAUAAAAGAACCAGGGGAGCUCAUUGGUUCUCCUAAGGUACCUGUGGUGCAGUAUGAUGAUGUCAAAAGUGCUGAUAUGAUGGAAAUUGAAACAGCUCCAGUUCAUAAUGCAAAAACAGUUCCUUCAGAAGCUGGUGCUAUAUCUCCUGUAGUCGCUGAGGGUAAGGCCUGUGCAGCUGCUGAUCUUAGCUCAUUGAAAGCUUCUGAAGAAGCUGGGUCUCAAAAUGAUAUUGACAAUGGCAGGCUGGAAACUUCUUCACGCCAAGCUAAUGCUGAUUCCAUGAAAAUAGAAAUUAGUGAUGACCUACCAGUGAAGAAAUGGACAUACCAUGAUCAUAAGUCUGAUUUGCUCAGUUCUGUCACAUCUGCAAAUAGUGCUAUAGCCAAAGAAAUUAAUGAAGUGCUAUUUAAAUCAUUGCCUGCUGAUACACCUCGCCUUGAUUUGUUUGCAUCAAGUCAUCUUCUGAGCCAAAGGAAGAGCGAUUUGAUUGUCAAAGAAAGGCUUGGAGUAUGUAAAACCAGGCUGAGGUUGAAAGAGCAGAUGCUUACAAUGAAGUUCAAGGCAUAUUGUCACUUGUGGAAAGAUGUCCAACUAUUUUCUGCAAAUAAACAGCGUUCAAAGUCUAAUAAGCGCACUGAUCAGAGCAACCGAACAUCACAAAUUGGAUCUCAGAGGCAACGCUCCUCUAACCGCUCGCGAUUAACCAUGCCUGCUGGUAAUUUAAGUACAUUCUCAACUCCAGAAAUGUCAGAUGUUGCAAUGAGGUUGUUUUCAGAGUUCAAAAUUAAGCGGUGCAGAAAUUACUUGAAAAUGCCUGCACUGAUUAUUGAUGAGAAAGAGAAGGAGUGGUUGAAGCUUAUGAACAAGAAUGGUCUAGUUGAGGAUCCUGUUUUAGUUGAGAAGGAACGGGUGAUGAUAAAUCCGUGGACUCAAGAAGAAAAGAAAAUUUUUAUGGAGUUGCUUGCUAAAUUUGGCAAGGAUUUCUCCAAAAUCGCCAGUUUCAUUACACAUAAAUCUACUGCAGACUGUGUGGAGUUCUACUAUAAGCAUCAUAAAUCAGAUAGCUUCCGAGAAGUGAAGAAACUAUUGGACCUUCGUCAACAGCAACCCACCAGCAAUUUUCUUGGAGCGAAAUCUGGACAUAAAUGGAAUCCUGAGUCAAAUGCUGCUUCUCUUGAUAUGCUUGGGGUAGCAUCAGUAGUAGCAGCCCAUGGCCUUGAAUAUGCAAAACAAGUGGAGAAAAUUUCUGCGAAAUCCCUCAUCCGGACUGCAUAUGGGCCCAAUGUGACUUCCGUGGCUAAUAAAUCUUCUGAUAAGGAGUGCAUUGACCAUGUGCCUUUGCACGAGAGAGAAUCUGUAGCAGCUGAUGUACUAGCAGGCAUAUGUGGCACUCUCUCUCCUGAUGGAAUGGGCUCAUGCAUUACUAGUUCUGCUGAUCCUGGACAGAAGAUUAGCAUGAAAAGAGUGGAGCAUGUCUUGUCCCAAGAAAAUGACAAAACCGUUGAGGAGGAAGACACACUCUCUGAUCAAGAGUGUGAAGUUGACCCAGUUGAUUGGAAUGACGACGAGAAGUCAAUUUUCAUUGAGGCUAUGAAUAACUACGGAAAGGAUUUUGCUCGGAUCUCGUCAUGUGUGAAGAGCAAGUCAUAUGAACAAUGCAAAGUGUUCUUUAGUAAGGCUCGGAAAUCACUCGGUUUGGAUUUGAUCCAUCAAGGGGCAGCCGAUGUUAGUAUGCCAGCUAGUGAUACCAAUGGAGGGAAGAGUGAUACUGAUGAGGCCUGCGCUGUGGAAAUGGAUUCAGCUAUCUGUAGCACACAGUCAUGUUCAAAGAUUGCGAUGGAUGUUUGUCCUACUGAAGGAGCCAUUGGAGGGCCUAACUCUGUUAUAAUCUCUAAGCAGGCAGAAGCAUAUAUAUCAAAUGGGUGCAAUGCUGAUGUUAAAAUUGAGGAAGAUGAGAAGGUAGCUGAUAAAAAUUGCAGCAUUGUUGAUGCUAAGAGGUCCAGUGAUGCUACUCACGAAGCUGGUCCUAUUGACAUCAAUUGCCCAGGAAGCACAGAUAAGCUGCAAGGAACUGAUGAUGUCGUUGACCUAGUAAACAUGCAUAGUAAUAGUGGCAUCAGCUCUUCAGCUAAGCAUGCAGUGGCCAUUCACUCGGAAAUGAGAUCCACUUUACAUUCUGUAGAGGUCCUUCAAACAGACAAAGGUGAAGGUACUGGUACUGAUUUGUCCUGGGUGGAAGAAUGUUCACACCAUGCUCUGGAUAACACACCAAUGAAAAAUGGAAAUUCUGGUGCCCCGGCUUUCUUGGCUUCAGAUAGUGGUAUCAAGGACAAUGUUCGCAUCUCAAACAUAACUGCUGCUUCCACCGUUAGUCCUGCAUUCACUUCAAGUUAUCAGCAUUCUGUACCUGGAGAUAUGCCCCUGCCAAAACCAAAGCCACUUGUUACCCCGCUUACCCCAAAGGAUUUAAUGCCUGUGCAGUUCAGUUCAGUGCUUCCUGACCCCACUGCAAUUCGUUUCGAGGGCAUAGCCUCAAUAACUACGCCCAACUUCGAGGACACUGGCAACAGAGUCAGUGGUGCUCUAGGGGCUAAAGAGAUGAGCAAGUACCCAGCUUUUAGAGACCCAUCUGGUAAUCAGCAAAGCACCUUGUUUUGUAAUAUUGAUGGUUAUAUGAAUCAUCGUCUGACAACUGAAUUACCAUUUUUUUCUGAAAGAACUGCGAGUGGCACUGUGAAUACUUCACAGGCGGAUCGGUUGACCCAAACAAAAUUGCAGAAUGGCAGGUCCAGCAGCUUGUGCCUUCAAAACAAUUCCGAUGGCAUUCAAUGGCCCAGAGACCACGAAGGAGGACUGGAAGGCUCUUUGAGGCCUUGCUCUCGCAAUACAAGCUCCGAGGGUGAUGAGCAACAAAAGCGGCCUGGUGAUGUCAAGUUGUUUGGACAGAUUCUCAGCCAUCAGUCAACCCUGCAGAGUUCUGGCUUGUCUUGCAAUGGUAACAAGAGCAAGCCUCCCUCACCAAAGAUCGACACAUCUGUGAGAUCCAUGAACAAUCCAAUGGACCGUGUGGUUUGUUCUUCCAGGCCUGGCACCACUCCACAUCUGGGUCUGGAGGAAAGAUUGGCAAGGUGCUAUGGUCAUCUGGAUGGUAGCACGGCACAGCCCGAGCCACUGCUCGUGAUGGCAAAGCGCCAGCGGUCCUUGGCCGGCGUACAGUUUUACUCGGCUAAGAACGGCACGCUUGGUGUGUUACCAGAUUACCAACAACCUUCGACGCAGCCACAGCAAUCAGAUCCCAAGCGUGUGGAAAGGUUGUCUGAUCCGCAGAAGAGGAACGUGCUGGAACUCAUCUCGGGUUUCCAGCAGCCCGGCAGAGUCGCCCGUUUCGGGGGUGCUGGCAUCCUCGUAAGCGGCAACGUCUCGGACCCUGUGGCUGCUGCUCUCAAGGCUCAGUAUGGUCCCGGUUCUAAGAUUAUGGGCAGCGACGUGGAUCCUUGGACGGACAUAGGAAGCAGGUAGCGCCGUAGCAGCUCUACUGCUUCUGUUGCUCCUUGUACCAUAUAUUUAGUUUUGGUGUAACUUGAAUGAAAUCAUCAGAAUAUGAGAUGUGGGGGGUGGGGAGUGAAUGGCUUUCCUGCCCAUACUAUCUGUAGGCUUUUGGCCAGUAGCAGUCGGGUUUCGCUGUUUACUGGCAUUAACAUUUUUACUCUUUCUUCUGCAGCUCCAUACCCUUUUGGUAUAGCUUGACAUGCCAGCAGUGGCACAGUGCCGUAGGUUCCCUAGAGGUGAACUAGAUGUUUGUCAGCAUGGUUUGAUUUUGCCAGCCUAUGCAGAAAACCUCACUUGGUCUUUGUAAUGUGGUAAUGCCAUGUAUCAGUAUCCUAGUCUGAUGGAGUUUUGGUUGAGACAGUUCU